AUGGUAUUUCGUGCCUUCUCCGUUCUCUCUCUAAUCCUCAGCGCCCUCGCUGCCGUUCCACCAUCCCGAACACCCCUCGAGCUGUCUGUUCUUGACCCAUCCACCUCCAAAGACCUCCUACACCUCCACCGCAAGCUCGUAGAGAUCGAGUCGAUAACAGAGGAUGAGAAAAACGUUGGCGAUUGGCUCACCAAGUAUCUCCGCGCACACGAUUGGACUGUCGAGAAGCAGGAAGUGUCCAGGGACCGAUACAACCUCUUAGCUUACGGCAGCAAGCGCGAAACCACGAUCCUACUAUCCUCACACAUUGAUACUGUGCCACCCUACUGGCCGUACUACCACAAUGAGACGACCGACAUCAUUGGCGGCCGAGGCAGUGUAGACGCAAAAGGCAGCGUCGCACCCAUGAUAAUCGCCGCACAAGAGAUAAAAGAACAUCUACAAGACGACAUAUCCCUGCUCUUUGUUGUAGGCGAGGAAACAGGCGGCGACGGCAUGCGCGCGUUCAGCGACUGGGACAAGCGCCCAUCGUCGCACGAAAUCGUCAUCUUCGGAGAACCCACCGAGGCAAAACUAGUCUGUGGACACAAGGGCAUGCUAGGCUUCUCGGUCAAAGCGACGGGCAAGGCGGCGCAUUCAGGAUACCCGUGGUUGGGCGUCAGCGCAAACGACAUCAUGGUAGAGGCACUGGGAGAGCUUCUAAAGCUAAGGGAGCACCUCCCUUGGAGCAAGAAAUACGGAAACACGACCAUGAACUUUGGUCGCGUACAGGGCGGUGUCGCGGCCAACGUUGUCGCCGAAACCGCGACUGCGAAUAUUGCUACGCGUCUUGCGGCCGGUACCCCCGAUCUCGUUCGCGGACAAAUCAUCGACGCGCUCAAGAACGUCAAGGCCGCUGCGCAGAAGGAAGGCGGAGAUCUGGAUGUACAGUGGGCAAGCGAGGGAUAUGGCGUUGUGGAUAUAAACUGUGAUAUUGAGGGCUUCGAGACCAUGACCGUCAACUACGGGACGGAUGUACCGAACCUCUCUGGUGAUCAUAAGAGGUACCUGUACGGCCCAGGCUCCAUCUUCGUCGCGCAUUCAGAUCACGAGGCGCUGAAGAGGAAGGAGUUGGAACAAGCUGUUCUAGACUACCGUCGCCUUAUUCUCAAGGCGACGGAGGUAAGGGAGAAGGAGCGCCAGGUGCAGGACGUGGAACAGGUGGAGUUGUAG